AUGGCACCUAUCUGUGAAAAAGAAUUGAAGAUCUUUACUCCAAUUGGAAUGAUUGGGUAUGGAUUUCCACGGGAUAUUUUCUUCAGAACUCUAGCAGAUGGCGUGGAUGGCAUCAUUGCGGAUUGUGGUUCGACUGAUAGCGGACCCCAAAAGCUCGCCUUGGGACACACAACAGUGACGCCGGCAGCAUAUGAGCGAGAUCUCGACCUCCUUCUUGCUGGUUGCCAUACCUAUCGGGUUCCUGUGAUUCUGAGCUCUGCCGGUGGAGAUGGGGCAAACGACCACGUCGACCUUUUCGUCGAAAUCAUUGAGAAGCUCAUCAAGCAAAAUAAAUACCGGUCCAUGAAUAUCAUCAAGAUCUAUUCCGAAGUGGACAAAGCUUUGGUGAAAUCCAGCUUGGAAACAGGUCGAAUCCAACCUUGCAGCAAGGCUGUCCCACCACUGAAUCCUGCACACAUUGACAAUGCUCCUCGGAUAGUUGCCCAGAUGGGUCACGAACCGUUUUUGAAAGCGAUGCAAGGGCAUCCCAAUUUCGAUAUUAUUGUCGGCGGUCGAGCUUACGACCCAUCUCCAUAUGCGGCCUUUUGCCUCUACAACGAGUUUCCAGACCUGGGUAUUGCAUACCAUAUGGGCAAAAUCAUGGAAUGUGGUGCUCUGUGCUCAACUCCCAAAAGCAAGUCAGCACUGGCCACUAUACGCAGCGAGAGCUUCGAUAUUACUCCUAUGGACCCUGGUUCUCGCUGUACCACUGUCUCCGUGGCUGCCCACACCCUUUACGAAAAGACUCGACCGGACAUCUUAGUGGGGCCAGGGGGUUCUCUUCACUUGGAGAAGGCCACCUAUGAGGAGCUACCUGAUUGCCGCAGUGUCCGUGUCAGACACGGGACGUUUGUCAAAGCCGAUACCUACAAUGUGAAACUGGAAGGCGCUCGCACUGUUGGGUACCGCAGCAUGUUCUUCGGUGGCUUCCGAGAUCCAAUUCUGAUCGGCCAGUUAGAUAUGUUCCUGAAAGGCGUCAAAGACUUUGUUAAAGACAAGGUGCUAGCGGAGUACACACUUCGCUUCCAUCAGUACGGGAACAACGCUAUCAUGGGCUCUCUUGAACCCCAGGCAGGCAACCCCAAUGAAAUCGGACUUUGUGGUGAGGUUCUGGCUCCGACUCAAGCCAUUGCUACCCAAGUCUGCAACUUAGCUCGCAUUGCUUGUGUUCAUGCCCCUUACCCACACCAAGUUGCAACUGCAGGGAAUUUUGCAAUGCCAUUUCCUCCAUUCGAUAUACCCAUGGGCGAAGCAUGCGAGUUUUGUAUCUACCACCUUUUGGAAAAUGUUGAUCCCGUCGAGCUUUUCCAGAUCGCCAUUCAGACGAUCGACGGCGAUGGGACUUUCCAAUCGAAAUUUCUCGAUCUCGAUCCUGUUGAGGAGCCUUCUAGUUCGGACACUGCCAGAAAAGCACUGCACCGGACGUCAGCUAGCGGGAUUACACGAAAAGAUUUUCUGAAGCCAGAACCACCAGCAGGACACUGCUAUCUCGGGGAUGUUGCCUCAGUUAUUCGAACAAAGAACGCUGGUCCAUAUGAGUUGACAAUGGAUGUGAUGUUUGACAAUGAAAAUGUUUUUCAAAAGGUCAAAGCAAGCGGCGUUCUGUCUCCCCAGGCUAUCAUGGAGAUGUAUAAUAUUUCCGAAGAGCACUUGAUUGCUUGUCUUUUUUGGGAUCAGGCACUGUCGUUUAAGGCGACCAUUAAGCGCCCAGUUAUUUCCGGAUCUUUCGGCGACUUGGAUGUUCAUGGAUCUCAGCAGCAUGCUCCAUUGCUGUUCCUGCAACUGCCGUUCCCUAGAAAGUCAAUCGAUUCGGAGGUUUGUCAAAGCUAG